UGAUGGAUGUAUACCUACAUUGAUCAUUAGAAUACAUAUACCUUACGUAUAUUAAUGUGUAUACUUUAUAUUAGAUAUUAGUAGACUGUUGCACAAAACCUCAGCCGCACUUCUUCAGCAUCUAUUUCUUCUCCGGUCCUGGAACACGACAUAUCUAUAAUUAAAAAAAAUUCUCUACCGUAAACUGACGUAACGGCGUCGAUCGGGUACAUUGAGGGUCUCAUCGCGGCUUCGAGAUUCCUGUGUAAGGCGGAAGGCGGACCCACAACCCCGGAAUGGCUGGUCAAGAGCGAGAUCUAGCCGGUGAGGCCUUACAGACAUCAUUCGCCGAUGAUGAUACCGACUCGUCCACAUCAGCUAACGGUACUUUCUCAAAUGAGAAUAUCGACCCUGACGAUUCCUUAAGUCAAAGAGACGAGGAAGUGCUUGCUCAAUCGACAGCUAUUAAUGCGCCGGAGAUCAGCCCGCAUAUUUCGGAGGACAAUUCUCAAUAUGACGAUUCUAAAGAUAAAGGCAAGACUCCCGUGAGGGCCAGUCUAUAUACUUUUCACAAAUCACUCCCUGAAAGAGGAGGGGCUUCUGAUGUAAACCUGCAAUCGCAGGUACGCGCCACGAGUCCUCCAAGUAUACCCAAGAAUCCAGGAGCGCCCAGACUCCCUGUAGCAUCAAGCAUAGGAGCCGUAAAUAGGGAAAGUCUCGGUGGCCUCAUACUCGAAACUUGCGAUCAGCAUAGGACCCGACCGUCCUCUUCCAAGUUCACCUCUGGGAUAUUCGACGUAGAAUCUCAAGAUGAAAACCAUAGGACGACAUCACCAAAACCAUGUACAAAUAGCCGCCAAUUCCAAAAACAAGAACAAGAGGUUGAACUAGUCCGCAAAUCGGGGUCGGAGCCGGCCAACCCUACAUCGACUACAGCUAACCAAAACGCCAGCGAAGGAUCAGAAGCACAGCCCUUUCGGCCGCCUCAAUACGGGGAACCUGGUUGGGAAAAGUCGGCAGAUCGACCUCCAAGGAAGCUUCCUAUUCGAUUCCAGGAUUGCUUAAAGCGCAAAUAUAUUUUCCCCUGGGAGAAGGCUAAAACUUGGGCGGGCAUGGAACAUCUGAUACAAGCUUGCUUCGACCAUAUAAUCGUCCUAGGACCCCACGUAAACGCGGGACACUACGAUCUUCUUACUACUUCUCUACCCUCUUCGGCGUCGACUGAUGUCGGAUCAGAAACAGGGCCCACUGACGUGCCUGUGCAAACCGAAAUACCCAGUGGACCUCCGCCCCCGCAAGAUCCGACUCCGCCGCCAACUGUUCCAUCUACGCCCGCGCAGCAAGACUCAUCUAUUAUCAUCUUGCCCGAACUCUGGGAAGAUAUUGUCGAGCCGGGAAUGUCCAUCCUCAUGCAAAUGUGGCGUAUGGAUGCUCCGCCACCGCCUGCAACAGCGCCAGCACCAACACCAGGUCCACCAUUACAUCCACCCAGCCCACCGAUGUUCCCGGGCCUUGCGGGUGGGGGUGGUCGGGGUCGAGGUCGGGGUCGAGGCAUAGGUCGUGGUGGGGGAAGAGGAAUGGUCGUUCCGCCGCCUUUCGGAACUCCCGGGUGGGUGUUGGUCGAGCCUCCGAAGCCGAGAGGUAAGACGCGGAAGCGACAAGACGGCCUGUGAUGCUGUUGAAACCAGACCCAUCAUAUUCCCCAGCAGGUGUGUAUAGCAAUCUAUGGCGCGUCGAAGGCUUCCCUAUGGGUUGCUAUGGUUAUUUUCACCCACAGCAAGCUUGAAGCCUACGCGGGAAUUCUACGAGUUGAGUAACUUGAAAAGUAGGAUAUAUGAACAUCCAUAGCAUUGUGCGUAUGGAUUAUUCGCUUUGGUGGUAUUGAUGAAGUUAGAACGAUAAAUCAAGUACCUAAGUACUUAAACACAUAUAAGGUACCUAAUAAUCUACCUGAAACCAUAUUGAGCUGCCUACAUUCUAGACUCGUCAAGCUCCGACGUGCCACAGCGCCAGCUAGGUACCUAUCUAGGUAAACGGACAAGCAUUCCAAGAUCUAGGAAGGGUUACAACCCAAUUUUGAUCAAAACUAGUACUAGGCGAUAUUGCCAUGUUGCCCAAAGAUCAAUGGAUUUCACGGUUUUAUCAGCAUUUUGGAAACAGGAAGUGGCAUCAUCGUCGGUGAAGUAA